AUGGGUAGCAUCGACGCCAUGUCCUCUAAUCAGUCGAGCCAAAAUCGCUACUUUUUGGAAGGCGACUCAAUCAAAGUAGCACAGGGCGUUUCGGGUGCUAUUAUGGAUCGUGGCUCCAUCCACCAACUGGUGCCUUACCUUGCUGUCGGUCUGCAGCACGGGAUGCAACAAAUUGGAGCCCGCUCCCUUCGAAUCCUACGCGAGAAGAUGAUCAGUGGAGAAUUGCGUUUUGAACGCCGCAGUCCUUCCGCACAAAUCGAAGGGUCGGUACAUGGUCUCCACUCGUACGUUACCUUGCUCUUUUCCUCAUUUUAUGUUUCCUAA